AAAUAAGUACCUCUUUUAGUGUUAAACCCUCUGCUUCUUUUUUCCAAAGAUAAAUCCCACUUCACUGAAAUGGAGUUUUUUUUUUCAAGUUUUUGUUGACAAACUAAAAACCAGCAACCAGAACCAAAGAUUCCCACUAGUUUCUUACUGAAUUUCCCUUUUCCCCUCUUUUAUCUGAUGAAAUAUCGAUAACCGUCGAGUCAAAAAUCAAGUCUUUUAGGAUGAUUCAGCUAUUGUUCUUUGUCCUUUUUGCUGAGGGAACAAUGGCGUUCCUUCUAUUGGUAAAGAUUGGGCCUUUAAGAGAGCUCUUCAUAAAGAGCUUAGAUCAAUUAAAGGCGGGGAAAGGUCCUGCUACUGUGAAAACCAUUGCAGGUACCAUGUCUGUGAUUCUUUUGUCGAGCCUCAUGAGCAUUGUCAAGAUCCAGAACAAGGGUGCGAAGCUUGGAACCAUGUCACCUAUGGAUCAGGUUCUAUGGAGAACCCACUUGCUUGAAGCUUCACUCAUUGGUUUUACCUUGUUUCUCGGUUUCAUAAUUGAUCGUAUGCACCAUUAUAUUAAAAAACUUAUCGGGUUGAGGAGUAGGGUGGGAUUGUCAAAAGAGGAAGUCGAAUCUCUUGAGAAAGAAAGAUCACAGCUUAAAAAUAAGGACAACAAAGCCUCCAAGGAGAUAAAGCUACUGAAAGAAGAAAUCUCUACCCUAUCAGAGAAUUUGAAGAAGCUGAAAUCAGAAUCCGAAGAGAAAGACAAGAAGAUCGAAACUGCUGAAGCACACAUUGCUUCUCUUCAAAAACAAUCUGCAGAUUUGCUACUCGAAUAUGAUCGUUUAUUAGAAGAUAACCACAACCUUCAGAAUCAUGCUUCAGGAUAAGGGCUCAGAGAAAGAAAAAAUCCUUGUUUAGUGUACCGAUUGGUGUUACUUAAGGAGACUUAAAAGGGAUCUGUGCGGUGGGGGGAAGUAGGCCUCUGCAUUGUUGAAAAUUUUGAAACUCUUGAAAUGUUAAUUGUUGACAUAACUAAAUGUAGCUUUAUUAAGAAUAAUUUAUUUGAAUAUUAAAAAGCUAAUUAAGAAACA